CAGGACAUUCAGGAUGUGCCAGUGCAGCCACAGGCAGCCACUAUGUUCUGUGAAAUGAUAAGAAAAGCCUUCCUCAGGGCCUUCUGUGUAUCUAUGGAUGGGGCCAGAAGUGAAAACUGGCAUGUUCCAACAUGUCCCGAAUUUCCUGAAUGUCACGCAUCUCAAUAUCCCGACACCAGCGACAUUUCUAUGUUUGGAUGUCUCAAUAUCAACGACAUUCCAGUGUCUCGAUGUCCCGAUAUCAACGACGUCUUGACGUCUCGAUGUCCCAACAUCGGGUGAAUAUCUCGCAAAAAUUUUAAAUUAUCUAUGGGAGAAUAUUAUAAUUCAGAAUAACUGC